AUGUCGAUCCAACAAGUCCCCGAGAUCGUCGUCUCGACCUUCAACAGGGGCCUAGACACAUUCGCACAUAUUUUAUCGAAAGCCGAGCAACACGCCAAAGAGAAUGACAUUGACGUCAACUCCCUCGUAGAUGCUCGUGUGGUCGAGGACCAACUCCCGCUCUCUUUCCAGGUCCAAUUCACAAGCCGUGUCGUGCGGACGAACCUCGGCCGCCUGAGCGGCGAAGUCCUGCCACCAUGGGACGAGAAUGAGAAGACAUUCGAGGACCUGAAGAAGCGGGUCGAGCGAACGCAAGAGCUAGUGAAGUCGUUUGACUUGGCAAAGACGCAAGGAAAGGAGGGAGAGAAAUUUGAGAUGCAUUUCAAGGGCCAGGACCACACGAUUUAUCUGAUGGACUUCAUGUUGACUCAUGUACUGCCAAAUUUCUUCUUCCAUAUUUCAACAGCAUACUCCAUCUUGAGGGCGAAGGGUGUCCCGCUUGGUAAGGAAGAUUGGUUGGGCGGAUUCUUGGGUCUGUAG